CCACACACACCACACACCGACCUUCCCUUCUCGCCACUGCGCAGGCGUAGACGAGUGUUUGCAAGCUCGUGUCUGGCAUCAUCGGCGUUGCCUGUUUCGCCAACUGCAUCACCCUUCCCUUGCGACACUCCCCUCCACUCUACACCGCCCGUGGACAGCUCCUCCGACAGCGGCGGGGUCAAGAGUGGGACGAUCGAUAAGACAUUGAGCACGUUUGGGAGUCAAGACGAGGAAAGGCAUCAGAACUCUAUCAAAAGCAUAUCCAUCCAUCGAGGGACGCAGUCCGCGCGAUGGAAAGUCACCAUGCUACUCGUCGAUCAAGCGAUCACGUACAUCGGCCAGCUCCUGCGGUCGAGAUGACCUCUCGUUCCGCAUCAUUUGACCCGCGCACACGCUCCGAAGAAUCAUGGGUCGACAUCUCCUCCCAACCAUCUUCAUCAUCUCUCUCGUCCGCUGCUGAUGAAGUCGAUCACGCUGCCCUUCGUGUGCCUCAAGAUUCCCGCGGGCGAAGAAGACGCUCCUUUCGGCUAAGCAGACCCACCACCCUGAGCAUCUCCCAUCGCCAGGUCAGCGUGGGCGGCACGAGCAGUCAAGAGGAGUACGAGGAAAGCGAAAGUGAAUCAGACCGAGUCUUGACCUCGUCCGGUGAAGGCCCUUUUUCCCCUCCUCUUUUGAACCAACCCAACAUCAGCUCUGCCCAGCGAUCAGCACCUCUCGAUGAGGUUUUGGCGGAAGAUGAUGCGCGCACCGCCAUCAACUAUCCCAUCAGCAAUGACCAGUGCUUCACUCCCCAACCGAACGCAUUUUCGCACCCGCCGAGCGGACAGCUUCGCCACUCCAGCCAGCCCGUGCCUGGCUCUUACUUCCCCGUCCAGAGACGGCCCUCAUACCGACACUCGCUUCCGGCCUCGCAGCACAACACCUCUCACAUGCCCCACAACAUCCUCUCACCAUCCUACAACGCCGCAGCACAACACGACGAAGCCCUUCGCUCGAGCCUCACCACUCUCCUCUCCUGCGCCGCUGCCGCGCGCGGCCUACCCAAAUCCGACUCCGCCAAACGCCCGACACCACCCACCACCCGCUCCAACAGAGUCGACCCGACCUCCUUCCGCCUCAUCCCUGCUUCCCAACUCCCAGCACCAGACACCACCUCCCAGCAACACCCCGCAUCCAGCCCCGCCCCCUCACCCCCCAAACUCCAAGAACCAACCUUCAAACCCACCCUCCGCCGCACCUCAACCUCCACAACCUCCACCUCCUUCGAAAACCAAAAUCAAACCCAACAACAAGACCCAAGCAAACGCAAGGCCCGCACCUCCAGCCGCGAAAGGCACCGCUCCCUCAAAAAGGCCCGCCGCACCGCUUCCAACGACGACCUCCUUGCUACCGUCUCCCCUACCUUGCUGACAUGGCUCGUCUCCGCCGGCGUCGUGGUUGCGUUGAGCGCGCUGAGUUUUGGCGCGGGGUAUAGCAUGGGGCGGGAGGCGGGGAGAUUGGAAGGUGGUGUUGGGGAGGGGGUGCUGGGUGGGGCGGGGAAUGUUGGGGGUGGACUUGGGGGGUGUGCGCGGGAGGUUGUUGGGAGGGAGGGGUUGGGGUUGCGCAGGGGGUUGGCGACGAGUGCUGUGCAGGUUUGAUGCGUUCCAUGUCGGUUUGCUGGAGUGAUGCUGGUGGGGAUGGAUGUCUGACACUCUGAUGCUUAUGUGUUACGAUUUCUGAAUUUUUGUUUAGAUGGAGGGAAUGACGGGGGGAUUUUGAUGCAGUGAUGCGGGUUAUGUCAUAUCUGAAUUUUGUAUGGACGGCGUAUGUCGGCUGCGCAGAUAACCAUUUCGUAAGGAACCCUUGCAUCCUCUAAUCCUCUCUUCCUCCCCUCAAAGCUCCUCCCCAUCCUCCCCACCCCCCUCUCCCUCUCCAUCAACAUCCCCAUCCCCAACGCCCAGCACAUCCCUCUUCACCC